AUGCAAACCAUCGAAAAAUGUGGAAAGGAUAAUGAUAUUGCCAUUGCCAAGCUUCAUGCAAUAUUAGAGGUGGUGUCAGAUCGAGUGGAGAUGCAUACGAAUAUGGGUUUCUAUCAGCUUUUGGAGGAAUCAAUUGAAUCCACUCUUGAAGGAGGAGAAUUGGAGAGAAGAGUAAACGGGGAGAUAUAUGAAACGAAGGUGGCUUUACGAUUGGGAAGAAGCUUAAAGCAGCUCAAAGAACUAGCCAUGGCAUCAACUUCUUCGCUGAAAAAUGGAGAGACCAUUCAAGAAUUUGCAAGCAAGCUCUUCUGA